AUUUUAUUCUCUUUAAUUAGUAAACUGCUGUUCUCUCACAGGUGAAAGUCAUGAUCACGCUAACAGAACUCAAAUACUUAGCAGAUGCCCAGUCAUCCUACCACAUACUAAAACCAUGGUGGGAUGUCUUCUGGUAUUACCUCACCAUGAUAAUGCUGCUAGUUGCUGUGCUCGCUGGGGCUCUCCAGCUUACUCAAACCAGAGUAUUGUGUUGUCUUCCUUGCAAGCUAGAAUUUGACAAUCAUUGUGCCGUGCCUUGGGAUUUAGUUAAAGCCAACCUUAACAUGUCGGCUAGCUCUACAGCACAGAUAAUCAUCCCGCUUAAAAUCCAGAAUGAUCUUCAUCGGCAGCAGUAUUCCUAUAUUGAUGCAGUAUGUUAUGAGAGACAGCUUCAUUGGUUUGCCAAAUUUUUUCCAUACCUAGUACUUCUGCAUACCUUUAUUUUUGCAGCUUGCAGCAAUUUCUGGCUUUACUAUCCUAGCACAAGUUCCAGGCUUGAGCACUUUGUAGCUAUUCUUCAGAAGUGUUUUGAUUCUCCAUGGACAACACGUGCCCUCUCAGAAACAGUUGCCGAGCAGUCUGUGAGGAAGUUGCCAAUAGCCAAAUCAAAAGCAGUGAUUUCGUCACCUGGGAGUUCAGUAGAUAUAGGGGCCAGCAGACAGUCCCUGCCAUAUUCACAGCCUGGCUUGGAAACAACUGGAAGAGAAAAUUCCUCAAGUGUUCUUGACAAAAAAGAAGGGGAACAAGCUAAAGCUAUAUUUGAAAAAGUGAAGAAAUUCAGAGUACAUGUUGAAGAGAAGGAUGUCAUAUAUACAGUGUAUAUGAAACAGAUUAUAGUGAAAGUCAUUGUGUUUGUAAUAAUAAUAAUUUAUGUCCCCUACUAUUUAUCAUUUAUUACACUUGAAAUUGAUUGUGUAGUUAAUGUUCAAGCCUUUACAGGCUACAAAAGGUACCAGUGUGUUUAUUCACUAGCAGAAAUUUUUAAAGUUUUGGCUUCAUUUUAUGUUGUUUUAGUGAUCUUCUAUGGCUUAACUUGUACUUACAGUUUGUGGUGGAUGUUAAGAAGUUCACUUAAGCAAUAUUCUUUUGAGAAGUUGAGAGAGAGAAGUAAUUACAGUGAUAUACCUGAUGUGAAGAAUGACUUUGCAUUUAUUCUCCACUUGGCAGAUCAGUAUGAUCCUCUUUAUUCCCAACGAUUCUCAAUAUUCCUGUCUGAUUUGAGUGAAAACAAACUGAAACAGAUAAAUCUUAACAAUGAAUGGUCAGUGGAAAAACUGAAAAAUAAACUAGUAAGAAAUUCCCAAGACAAGACUGAACUUCACCUUUUCAUGUUAAAUGGUCUUCCAGACAGUGUCUUUGAACUGACAGAAAUAGAAGUCCUAAGCCUGGAACUUAUUCCUGAAGCCAAACUUCCUUCAGCUGUGACCCAGCUAGUCAAUCUCAAAGAACUCAAUGUUUAUCAUUCAUCACUAACUAUGGAUUAUGCAGCAGUCAGCUUUUUAGAAGAAAAUCUGAAAACAUUGCGCCUGAAAUCUAGUGAGAUGGGAAGAAUUCCAUUUUGGGUCUUUCAUCUAAAAAACCUACAAGAACUGUGCUUAACAGGAUAUUUCAUGCUAGACCAUCACAACUCCAUAUACAACGAAAGCUUUCAGGGGCUAAAAAAUCUGAGAUCAAUUAACUUAAAAAACAACCUUUCCCGUAUACCUCAAGUGAUUACAGAUCUUCUGCCUUCUUUACAACAUUUGUCUAUCAACAAUGAGGGAAAUAAACUGAUAGUGCUAAAUAACCUGAAGAAGCUGGUAAACCUGAGAACCUUGGAAUUGAUCUGCUGUGAUUUAGAGCGCAUUCCCCAUUCCAUUUUUACUCUAAACAAUUUGCAUGAAAUUGACUUAAAAGAAAAUAAUCUCAGAACAGUGGAAGAAAUAAUUAGUUUUCAACAUCUUAAGAACCUUUCUUGCUUAAAAUUGUGGCACAACAGUAUUUCAUAUGUCCCAGUGCAGAUUGGUGCAUUAUCAAACCUGGAACAAUUGUAUCUAAAUUAUAAUAAUAUUAAAAAUGUUCCAUUGCAGCUAUUUCUUUGUAAAAAAUUACACUAUUUGGAUCUUAGCUAUAAUAAGCUAACCUCCAUCCCUGAAGAAAUUGGUUAUCUGACCAAUCUGCAGUACUUGGCUUUGACAAAAAACCAUAUUGAAAUGCUUCCUGAUGGAUUAUUUCGGUGCAAAAAGCUGCAAUUUCUUCUUCUGGGAAAUAACAGUCUGAUGAAUUUGUCCCCUUGUGUGGGUCAGCUACUGAAUCUUGUUCAAUUAGAGCUCAUUGGAAAUUACCUUGAAUCACUUCCUGCUGAACUGGACGAAUGUCAGUUCUUAAAGCGGAAUAGUCUAAUUGUAGAAGAAAGGUUGUUAAAAACACUUCCACCUCGUGUAAGAGAGCGUUUGCAGACAUGCUCAGAUAAGUGCUAAGUUUAAAAUUAAACUCUGCAUCAUUGCAUUCUAUCAGCCUUUUGCUUAAUAUCUCUCUAAAGAUCUGUAUAGGUGGAGAGAAGUGAAGGAGAGAUAACAGUUUACAAAUCAGUCUUAAACUUUAAUGCAUUGAACUGAGUUGAUUGUAUUGGAAAAGAAAAAUUUAUUUAGAUUUGAACAAAAAAAUGCAGCCUUUACCAGGUAAUCAUAUGUUUGACAAAUCUGAAAUAUGAAUUGUUGGCUUGGUUCUACUGGUUGAAAUAAUUCAGUUAAAUGUUUAUAAUAGUAUUGUAAUGGAAGAGUUGAUUGCCUGGCUACAAUGGAAGUGUAUAUACUUUUUUUCCUAUGGGGAUUUUUUCUGUUGGUAGUGAUAAUUUUAAACAGUUUCAUCUCCUGCUAUAUGAGGUCUAAGAACUCUCUGGAAUUAGUUUCUAAAUAUGGACUUUUCACUAACUUAGGAUAUGUUAAAUUAAGAGUUUAAACUAU